AUGAGUGACAGUGAUGAAGCGAUAGGAAAUGGGGAUGAGCGCCUGGGAGCUUCUGUCUCGGCUGCUCUCUGCAUUGUCACCCUCCUCUGCUCACAUGGAGCCCCAGUGUCUCCCACGGGCACUCAGCUGCUGCUGUGCCAGUCACACACAAGGUGUGGGGACAAGUUCUACGACCCCCAGCAGCACUGUUGCUACGACAACGCUGUGGUGCCCUUGAGCAGGACCCAAAAGUGUGGGAACUGCACCUUCAGGGUCUGUUUCGAGCAGUGCUGUCCCUGGUCAUUCUCACACCAGGAGACCUUCGUGGUCAAAGUGAGAGGCCAGGCGUGUUCCUUGCCCCGGUCCUCAGAUGACAGGGUUUGUUCCAGGUAAGGUCCCGUCCCCUUCACAGGAAUGGGGCCUGGGGGGCCCGGGAGGGUCUGGAUGCCAGGUCUGUCCAUGAUACCACCUCUGCACCCUGUUGUCAGUGUCCCCCAUCCCCGUCCACCUGCUCUCUUCACCUACCUGUCAUUUUCUCUCUCCUCUUGCUCUGAUUUCUCUGUCUCCCUC